AUGAGCGUCGAACCACCCGACGUACCUCGAUUAUCAUUAUCCUUCAGUGAAUCCGCCAAAGGCGAUCGCAUGAGGUACUUGCUUAAGCUUAUUGAGGACGAGGAGUAUAUGGUGGUGAAUGGGCGUGUUGCUGAUACUUCUAUGUCUACGUCUACCCAAAAUACUUCAAAAACAGGCCAUCACAAUCAGAAUCAGACUCAGCGCCAGGAUAAUGCUGCAGGCAAUAAAAGGUUAGCAGAGAAUCCACCGAUAAGUUCUGUGGGCUUACCAAAAAAAAAAAAACGAAGGUUUUCCGUUGAUUAUGACCAUGACCUUGGGGAUGACGAUCUUGAGGAUCCCGAUGAGCUUUUUCAUACUGCGCCUAAUUCGCCUAUUAAGGCUUUGCCUUUUGUCCCUGUGCGGCAGUCGCCUUUGGGGAAGAAUGGGGACGGGGCCUUUCGAUCUCCAUCGAAGGGUUCGGCUAGUUUCCAGUCGCCUGUCCGGAGAGCUAUUAGCUUUACUUCGCCUGCGAGGGGGCAAAAUCCUGUGAAUUUGGUUUCUCCUGUGAAGAGCCAGGGGAGUUUUCAAUCGCCUGCGAGGGCGAGUGUGGUUCAGUCUCCAUUGGGGAAUCAGGGAAGUUUCCAGUCACCAGCGAAAAGAUCGGCGAGCUUGACGUCUCCUAUUAAGAGUCAGUUUGGGUUGCAAUCACUGGCUAGGGACAAUGCGGCUGUUCAGUCGCCAUCCAUGAAUCAAGAAAGCUUCCUAUCUCCGGCGAAGAGUCCAACGCGCUUUACAUCUCCUCCGAAACACAAGGGAAGUGUCCAAUCACCCGCACAAAUGAUGGCCUCUCAGCCGGCAGGAGACUCAAAUAUUGUUCAAUCGCCAGCAAGUAAAUCUGUGAACUUUUCUUCUCCCUCGAAGCCUCAGGGUAACGUUAAGUCACCGACGAGAACCAAGGGAGCUCCCCAGUUCCCAACUGAAAGUCCAACAAAAACUCCGACAGAAACUUCGACGAAGAAUCCAAAACCGACCAACUCACUGUCUCAAUCACCAAUGAGACAAAUGGAUCUUUUGUCAUUCGGGUUUAGUACAAACAAACCUGUCAGCGACGAACCUCCGGCCCAGGAUGGUACCCCUGAGUUCAAGAAACCUAUACUGCUCGAGAGACUCACCGCGAGAUCCGAUAAAUCGAAGCGUGAUAACACAGUCCAGUCUGGCAAUACCAGCUUUUCGACUACGGGAUCAUCGGUCUUCGACUCUCGGGAUACGAGCAUGGAUGAGUCAUUUGAUACAGUCAUGACGGAAAUCACUGAGCUAAUGGACACGCAAUCAACCUAUGCCGACUCGGUAGUUGGGUAUAUGGUCAGUGACGAAAUGACCAAGAGCAUGGACGCUGCUGUCACGUCUAUUAUGGUCAAUCAUGAUCCUGCUGAAACAAAAUACCUCCUGGAGAAAGAACUUAUCGAUGAGCUCUUGUCUGAUGGGCCGUUCACUGUAGAACAUUCGCUACCAGGCACAAUCCCUCUACGUUUCAGAUAUGAGUUGGAACGCGUGGGACGUGCAUGGGGCGUUCCUCUCAACAAAAUGCUUGUUGGUAAUCGUCUUCCCUUCAACAGCCAAGAUGGAUUCUGGUCAUGGCUGAGUGGUCACAGUCAACGUGGUGGCCGUCCACUCCCUGAAAAAUCAUCUGGCAGGGCUUGGGAUGCUGCUGUUGGCGAUUUUAAAACGAACAAACACUCCGAAGCAAUAGUGUUAUCGGGAGACAUGGAAUGGUGUGAAGAAUCCGAGCCGGGGAUCUUCAAACUAACACUGAACCCACUCAAACCGGAGAGGACAUGCCGCUUCCAUAGACGGUUUGGGUCGGAUAGAUUUCUAUCUCUGACUAUUCCAGCCCCGACUCGGCCUCCUUCACAUCAGAGACAAACUUCGUAUCCUUCAGUUCUUCGUGAGAGUAUUGCUUCUUGGCUCACUCGGAAUGACCACCACUGUCUUGGUCGAACAUGGAAGGCAUUCUAUGUCGAGGAAGUAAAGACCAAGCGGAAAGCCAAGAGUGAGCCCCGAUUCCGCGUCGAAUUCUUUGCUGUUGAUGGCGAAGACUUCGAUCGUGGAUGUCAGUUGCCGCCUGAGGUAGCCCCGCCUCGACAGCAGAGUGACCAACAUACACUCAUGGGUGUCGAUGCAUUGCUUGAAUGGCAUAUGCCGAAGGCCACGUACGACAGCCAGACCAACUGCAAGCUCUUCCAGCGUCUAUCACUAGGUUUAUCAAAAACCUUCGUGACAGUUACGUUGAAAACAACACAAGUUCUACGCUUGCGAGAUUACCCCAACAGCACCGUAAUGAAUGAUGGAUGCGCAUUGAUGUCAAGGACUCUUGCAAACCAAAUCUGCAAUCAAUUAGGAAUCACUUCUAGCACACCGAGUUGCUUCCAAGGCCGAAUCGCAGGAGCAAAGGGUCUCUGGAUGGUCGAUCGUCACCAAUCCAGUAUCGCAAGCAUGAACGGCGAUGACAUCUGGAUCCAGAUCUCCGACUCACAGUUAAAAAUCCACCCGCAUCCCGAGGAUUGGAUGGGUCUUGUUGACGACGAGAAGUUGACAUUCGAAGUUGUCAACUGGGCUAAGCCACUACACCCUGUCGAUCUGAAUAUCCAGCUUCUUUCGAUCCUUGAAUAUGGAGGACGUGUCAAGGAGUACAUUGCCAAGCUCACGCGUGAUGGAGUACAAGCGCUUUACCAUGACUUCUUUCAAGUGCUUCAAUCUAAUAGCCCCGUUCUCUGCCGGGCGCUCCUGCAGAAACUUCAGCCUUCUGGUGACAACAUAAUUAGCAAAUCACGGCGGUUGGAGCAGUGGAUGAUGAACGAUGCAGAGACUAUCAUCCGCUUCUCAGAGGCUGGCUUUGAACCGCAGACCUUCUAUCCGCUGCGAGUCAAGAUCCGCAAGUAUCUGACAUGGCUUCUGGAGCGACAGCUCGAGGAACUCAAAAUCCAUGUCCCCCUGUCUACGUAUGCUUACUGUAUUGCUGACCCUUAUGGGGUUCUGAACGAAGGCGAAGUUCAUUUCGGGUUCUCCAAUAACUGGCGAGAUCCGCAAGGUCAAUUUGAGGACAACCUGCUCGAGGGCGUCGAUGUUCUUGUGGGUCGACUCCCGGCUCAUUAUCCCUCGGAUAUUCAACGGUGCAGAGCUGUGUGGAAACCUGAGCUUCGCCAUUUUAAGGAUGUCAUUGUCUUCCCCACGCGAGGUGAUAUCCCACUGGCUCAUAUGUUAUCCGGUGGAGAUUACGAUGGUGAUACGCCGUGGAUUUGUUGGGAUCCGAUGAUUGUGCAGAACUUUCAUAACUCUCCUCUGCCUUCGCAAGAGUUCCCUGCAGAGCACUACGGACUCUCUAAAGAGUCGGUUCAAAUGGCUGAGUUAGUCUCGACGGAAGAUUUUUUGGAGAGUGCGUUCAUUUUCAACCUUACGAUGUCAAAUCUUGGCCGAUGCACGGUUGAACAUGAGAAACUGGCAUACGAUGAAUCAAUUGACUCUCGCAAAGCAAAAGAGCUAGCCUGUCUGUUAAGCCAUCUUGUAGAUGGCCGUAAAGGCGGAGUUCACCUUUCAGAGCAGGCCUGGCAGGAGUAUCGCAAGACUAUAAGUCCCAAGCAACGCGCGCUCCCUGCAUAUCGAAACCCAGAACGCAAGCCCAAAGUUUCAAACAUUAUCGACUACCUCAAGUUCGAAGUCGCAGACCGCGAGCUACGCAUGGUCUUGUCAAAGUUGAAUGAUGCAUUCCCCGAAAGCGAAAUUCACGAUAACCGAGACGAAGACCUCAUGCGUCCAUGGAAGACAGCCGUCGAACUGGCAGAGAAUAGUCCUCGACACCCUGUAGAUCUACGAAAAACAAUCAGUGGGAUCCAAUUAUCAAUCGACAAGCUGUACAAGCAAUGGAUCCAAGGCCACAGCGCCUCAAGCGCAGAAAAAUUUUCCGCCAUUUCACGCCAAGCUGCUGAGAGCGCCAGUGCCCUCGCUCCUCCCCGCAUAUGUACACACCCGCUGAUUCACACCUGGCAGAACAGCCGGACCGAGUGGUCACAGUUGCUAGCUUCGUACGCAUAUGGCCGAUAUCCGCGCUCGGGAUUCGUCUUGCACGCUUUUGGAGAGACAUUAUGCCAGAUCAAGGCGUCUGUCUCGGCGUCUCGCCUUAUUACCAAUGAGGUUCUUGCUUGUUACAGAGUAAACCAGAAGAUGGUCUCCCAUCUCAAGGUUAAUGACUUGCCCGACAACAAUGACAGUGACGGGGACGAAUACGAAGGCGGAGAGGCUAUUGAGACUUUGAUUUCCGUUGACAAAGGCCCCUUUGCUUAUUAUGAUGACUGGGAUGAUGGGAUGUCCGUCGAAUGA